ACCUUCGGGGCAACAACCGUGAAGCUGGAUUUACCGUCGAUUUCUUCAGUGCAAACCCGGGGACCGACCGACGUGUCGUAUUACAACGCUCACGCGGCUCAGAGGCCGUCGUACAUGAACAGCGAGAGAGUGCCGUCUCUCCCAUUACCUACUCUCCAUCAGGCGUACUCGUCGGGUACCUCGUCACCCCGGGUCAGCUCCAUUGGCUCCGUUUCGAGUUCUCACGCAGGCUCGCAGUCGUCCUUCACGUCGGCCGCAUCCUCCAACGGACCCAAGACACCCUCUCCCACACUACCCAUCAACGCGGCGAUUCCUGGAUCUUCAAACCAGUCAAUUGGUGGAUACGAGCAUUACCCCGCCAUGAAUCAACCUGCGGCAGACAUGUAUUAUUCGCAACAUAUCUCUGCCGGUCAAGCGCCACCGCCUCAGACCGUGACUUCCGGCGCAAUGUCUUACCACUCCCAGCCACCGCCGUUACAGCCAAGCCAUCUACCUCAGUAUCAGCAGACUCAAUAUAGUCAGCCGUACGGCUAUGCCAAUGGCCUGACUUCGCCUCAAAGCGCUCCUGUAAACAACGGCAUGGGUGGUCAGAACGUCCUGCCUCUCCCGGGUGUCAACACGGGAGGCUUCCAGGGUUUUGACACCACCGGCCAAGUCGCCCCGCCUGGCAUGAAACCCAGAGUAACAGCCACUUUGUGGGAGGACGAAGGAAGCUUGUGCUUCCAGGUCGAGGCCCGGGGCAUUUGCGUCGCGCGCCGCGAGGACAAUCACAUGAUCAACGGCACCAAGCUGUUGAAUGUCGCGGGAAUGACCCGCGGUCGCCGCGAUGGAAUUCUCAAGAGUGAGAAAGUGAGACACGUCGUCAAGAUUGGCCCUAUGCAUCUGAAGGGUGUGUGGAUCCCUUUUGAGAGGGCUUUGGACUUCGCGAACAAGGAGAAGAUCACCGAGCUGCUCUAUCCUCUCUUCGUCCACAACAUCGGCGCCUUGCUCUAUCACCCUACGAAUCAAACACGCACCAAUCAAGUCAUGGCUGCCGCUGAACGCCGCAAGGCAGAGCAGAGCCAGAUGCGUGGUGCUCCCCAAAACGGCGGCCCCGGACUACCAUCUAUCCAACAGCACCAUCACCAUUCCAUGGGCUUGCCUGGACCUCAGCAGCCUCUUCCAUCUCAUGCUAAUAUGGGACGUCCCACUCUCGACCGUGCCCACACGUUUCCUACCCCCCCAACUAGCGCUUCUAGCGUGAUGGGUGGCAGCAUGGGUGCCUCAGACAACGGAUUCCAGUGGGCUCAAUCCCAAGGAAUGGGCAGCGCGCAACCCCAGAACCCGAUGUCCAUUGACACUGGUCUCAGCAAUGCCCGCUCCAUGCCUGCAACUCCUGCCUCGACACCACCCGGCUCCUCUAUUCAGAACAUGCAGUCGUACCAGACCGGCACGCAGCAAUACGACAACUCGAGGGCCAUGUACAACCAGUCUGCUCAGCAGUCCCCUUAUCAAACCAGCCAGGGUUCGCAAGACCGCUCCGUAUACGGGCAAAAUGAUUCGUACGCUAAGAACGACAUGGGUCCUCCGUCAGCACGGCCCGCUGCCUCCAGCGCCUCUCAGGAUCAGAAGCCUUCAAACGGCAUCAUGCACCCUGAUCCAAAUGCGCCUCAGCCUGCCGGUGAGGAAGAGGCAGACCACGAGCACGACGCUGAAUACACGCACGACAGCGGUGCCUACGAUGCUAACCGUGGAUCAUACAACUACUCCGCUCCUGCCGUCGGAUCGCUUCCUACCGAACACCAACACCUUUCGCCUGAGAUGACAGGCUCGCCUAGCCACCCUCCCGCAUCUGGUCGUGCCACCCCCCGCACCGCCGCCGCGCCUCAGCCCUACUAUUCCCAGCAAGCUGGCUACAGUACGCCCCCGCGUGUCGCUCAGCAAUCUUCAAGCAAUCUCUAUAAUGUAAUGAGCAAUGACCGCAAUUCUGCAGCCGCCGGUGGCAACAAUGUCUACCAGCCUCAGUCUGACAUGAACUCCAUGUCUAACGGGUAUCCUUCCCAGAUGAACGGCGCCUCGAGUGGGAUCAAGCGUGGCCGUGAUGACGACGACGACCUCCAGCGCCCGCUGAGCGGCGGCGGUAUGGACUUGAAGCGGAGAAAGACGCUCAUGAAUUCAGCCGUUCCCACGUAUGAUACGAUGGCACGCGCUCCUCCCGUAAUGGCUCAGCAGCAAGGAAGGUAG